AUGACCACCAACGAGACCGACAUUUUCAGCCUUGUGUAUUCCUAUCAUUCAAGCUCACACAAGGCCGAAAAUGAUUUCGACAUCUCGCUUCAAGAUACCCAGAGCGCACCGUACAGCUUGUCCAGCACACUCACCGACUAUGCCGGAUUAAGCGCUGCCAUCUUCAACAUGACAGGCUGCAACUUUACUGAUACCAUAAGAUGGGCUGGCUAUUUCAUUAGCUUGGGGAUCGAGGAUGACAAUAUCGGCUAUAACUGGACCUACCCAAGCCCAGUUUUGCGGCGAGACAGCAAACCUCACCGUGGAGGGUUACUUUGA